ACAGGAAGUGUGCGCUGUCCCAUCCUUGCCCGCUGGAAGCUAACGGUGUAGAACAGCGAAAAGCCGCUCAGUCAUUUCAACAAAAGAAAAAUAGCAUAUAACGUCUUCGGAUUUCAAUGUCUUCAGCUGAAAUGAAUGCUGCUGUGCCCAACCAUCGAAGGACCAAGCCUGGUGGCAUAAAGCCCGGGGCUGUGACCGCCGGUGUGACUGGACCGACUUCCCAGAUUCCCGGUCUGUCCCAGAGCGCUGACCAAAGCACUCCGGUGGAGAGAACCAGCGGACGGCGAGUUGGGAUAUUUGAGACGGACUCAGAAUAUGUCAAGCUGGCAAAGGGAGGGGGACACAAAGGGCUGCUGAGUCAUGACGUUGAUACUGAUAACAUACCGAAGAAGCCGUACAAUCCACCCCAGAACUGGUUUGGAGGUGAUGAGUCAAAUGGCGGAAGCAAAGCAACGUCUCCUGACGGCCAGAUGAAGGUGCGCGUUCAGCCUCUGGCUGCACCGUUUGGCACUGAUAAUGGUUCAUCCUGGGAAAGAGAGACUGAUAGAUUUUCCCCUGAUAAAGAGAAGAUGUCUCCUGACGGCGUCGCCAGUCGGAUGGAGGGUCUGUCUGUGACCAACAAAUACAAGAGAACGUCCUACGAUAAGAAGGCUCCUCCGGUCAGCAUGUCCAAGCUGCUGAGUCAUGGCUAUGUUGAGGAGAAGAAGAAGUCUCCCAAUGACGACGAUGCCUCAAGUGUGACCUCGGAGCAGACGAGCACCAUCGCCAUUGAGGACGUGGACGACCUGGAGUAGCGCUCAGGCUCUUGUCUGAAGCGAAAAGGGGGUUGUCCUAACACUGGUUCAUGGUGUCACAAAUCCACGAACACGCCACUCCGCCCCUCUCGGAUUCACAUUUAUUGUACAUCCACUGACCGUUUUGUACUCAUGUUUAUGCAAAGGUACUGUCCUCUCUAUUUAUUUGCUUUAAUUUGUAAAAAGAGUUCACAUGGAUUUUGUUGAGUAGAUGUGUUGGUGCUCGCUGUAUUUUAUUUUAUUUUUUAAAUUUCUGUAUUCCUCGAUUUGAAAGACGAGUUGUGCGCAGGGCAGGAAACUAACCUUUGGGUCCAGACAGGCUGAUUGAGUGAAGAAUCUCAACUAUUUUAUCAGCCACUUUGAGAUUGGACCCAAAACGAUGCCUCAAGGUGGAGGCAGUCAAAGCUUCAGUUCACCUGCGUUUGGCUGCUGUUAGUUUCCCUCCCUGGUUGUAUGAAGAUCGAGUUAGUGAACUUUAACAGUGUUUGUGCUCUUGAAAUGUGGUUCCAGUGACGUGAAAUAUUAUUUGUCUUGAUCAAGGGCUCCUGCUCUCUGAAGGGAUGUUAGAGGUUUGUGUGUUUUCGGCUGCGGCGGCGGGGAUACGAUCAUUCGUUGAGACAGCAACCCUGCAGCUGCGACCGCAUGCCAAAACGCAUCCUGACGGCCACAGCUGCCGCGGUUUGUUUGGUUAAAAAGGGCCAAAAAUGAUUUUUAGGUUGCUGCUCUGCGAAAGGUUGCUCUUCUCUGCUAUUCCCUCCAUAAUUCUGUUGUUCAUGAGUCCCUAAAAUUUAAUUAUGAAGGCUUUUAGUCCAUUAAUCAGAAUGCCUCAUAAACAGCAUGAACAAGCCAAGUAGCUCAUGUGAUGUUUAUUAGUUUCUAGAAGAUUGUGAAUACUAGCAGGUGCUGCAAGCUUCUCAUCAACAUUCUUUAAUUAGGAUGCCCAUCAGUAAAUCAAGAACAAUGCCAAGUGUUUGAUUCCAGUCCAAAUAUGUCAGAAGUUUGCUAAUGAUAGAACCGAAUUGGGUUUCAGUCCUGUGGUGUUAUGUUACUGCGUGUUCAUCCAGCCCAGUGACCCAAAACUCACGCAACAACAGAUAAAGCUGGGAAAUUGAGGGAAAGUCACCACCUUCAGCAGACGGACAAGCUGAAAGUCGAGUCCAGUGUAAUUCCCUGUGAAAAUUAAAGCAGACGAGUUUUAAAACGUGCCAACCAAGCAGUUUUUCCCUGCUCACGCAGUGUUUUGACUUUGUAGACAUCAGUAGGAGAACUUAGUGUUAGUGCACUGCCUGGUCACACCAAACCCUCCCUCUCAUGACAUGUGUUUAUCCAUCUGAUGGGAGGUCAUUCUCUUCAGAUAAGAGAAACGGUUACUGUGGCAACAUUUUUGCAGGUUCAGUCUCGUGGAGCAAUGAAAAUGCACUUGCUGGCGGUCGCGAGGUUAAUAUGUGUGGACCAUAUAACUGAAGAAAAGCAUAAAAAAGAGAAGGAUACAUGACAAAAAGCAGCAUAAUUCAAUAUGUACUUUUGAUUGGUGUGAAAUCCUGCAUAUUCCCAGCAGUAUUAACAUGUGAAAUUGUGUAGAAAAAACACAAAUAGACAUGAAAUAAUAAUUGACUGAAAUUAAUUUUAGUGCCACAUUCACAAGUGAAGAUGCAUGGAAAGUGAUUGCAAGUACAAUUAAUGCUGUUUUCACUCGCAAUAAAAGCAAAAACAAAAGAAAAGAUGUGCGAAGAUCCGAUGAACUGUUUAAAUCAAAUGCAAAUAAUAGGCUAAAACUACUGAAUGUUAACCGGUUCAGACUGACAAAAUGAAAUAUUCAAGCUUGGGAGAGACAGGAAACACUAACUGGUCAGACGGGUCAGUUCAGAAGUCAGGUCUUUCCAUUUCUUGCUUGCUCUGUGCAGUUCAAUACGUAUUCAAGAUGAGUAGAAAGUUGAGCUUAUUGCCCCCAAACCUCAGCAGACAAAGGACAGAUCUCCUCCGCUUGGUUGUAGAAUUAGUUUGACUGUCGGGAUGUUUCAGAAAAGUAAUGGAUUUCUGUGACAUUUGAUGGACAGUUCAGCCUCGAGUCAUUCAGCGGUUAUAAUUUUUUAGCUGCGACUGUGAACCUGACGGUGACAGUAAAAUCCUAAUCCUGCAGGGACAUUUGUCAGGUGAAGAAAAUGCUCUUAAAAUGAAAAGGAUCAGGGUGAUUUAUUUGGGUAUAACAGGCAGAUUAAAGCUCCGAGUUUGUCCUCGUAAAUCCAACGCAUUCAUCACCUGCGUCUCAGAAAUGAUGCUGCAGUACCAGACUCUCAUUUGAAAAGAAUUUACUUUAAAACUCUUCACGUUCAACACAACGGUUUGGUUUAGGGUUGUCACUGUUUUCAUCACAAUAUAUUUAAGCAAUGAUGCAUCAUUUAUCUGUAUAUGUAUUAAAAAGUGUCAGGUGUUGUCCAAACUAGACGCUUUACUGUGUUUAGUGACACUGGAUUUUAUUUUGCAGUAUGAACAAUGGCGAAUGUAUCGUCUUUUGACAUUGUUUGCUUGGAAGAACGGGUUUAUUUUUAUGAACUGAUAAAUAUUCAGGUACAGUAUUACAGUUAAACGCCGUUUCGUCAAGUUUCUUCCUCGUCUCCCGGUGACUUGGUGGCAUAUGAGUUUACGAACUAAUAGCAUCAACCUUGAGUGGCUUAACUCUGCAAAGUCUUGUUACUCGUGUGUCCUCUCUCCCCUUUUGCUUUUUUUAUCUGCAAGUGGUUCAUUUUAUAAAUGCAAAUGUACCAGAGGAGACUGAAGAAGGCAGCUUUUAAACACAAAAUCCCUCAAGUGUUUGUCGUGUGGAGAAAUCCACCUGACACAACUCAAUGUAAGACCCCGCUUAUCUUGAUUACUGCACACAGACUCUGUUAUCAUUUAAAUAAAUGGGCAUGUGCAUGUA